UGGGGCUACUUUGUGUGACCCAGCAUUCUCUCCGCUCAUUGUCCAGCGGGUCCGUCAGUCAUCCUUGCAGCCUGCACCGGUCUCAGUCCAGGGGAAUGAAAUGAUCUUUGGAAACAUCUCCUUAAAACACCUGGACUCGCUGGGAACAUCUGGCUGUGAUCAUGGUCGAGGAGUCUUACCUCUCGAACUCCGACGGGAAAAUCAUCGGGCACCUGACCUGGCCCCUGCUCCUGGCUGCCGUCCUCGCCUGCUUCGGCUCCUCCAUGCCCUAUGGAUAUAACCUUGCUGUCAUCAACUCCCCGGCACAGUACAUUAAAGAUUUCUACAACGAGACCAUCCAGGAACGGUACAAUCACACCAUAUCGACCCACGGCCUGGUGUUACUGUACUCUGUCACCGUCUCCAUCUUCGCCGUGGGGGGCAUGUUCGGGGCCCUGCUGGUGGGGCUGCUGGUCUCCAAGUUUGGUCAGAAGAGCACGCUGGUGUACAGCACCCUCCUGGUGUUCCUGGCCGGGCUACUGAUGGGCCUCAGCAGGAUGCUCCGCUCCCCAGAGAUGGUGAUACUGGGCCGCUUCAUGACUGGCAUCCACUCAGGUAUCUCGCUCAGCGUUGUCCCCAUGUACCUGGGCGAAAUUGCCCCCAAAAACCUGCGGGGGUUCCUGGGCCUGAUCCCAACCAUCUUCGUCUGCCUGGGAGUGUUUGCUGCACAGGUGCUGGGUCUGAAGGAGGUCUUGGGACAGGAGGAGUACUGGCCACUGCUGCUGUCGGUGAUCGUGCUGCCAGCCCUGGUGGAGCUCUGCUUCCUGCCCUGGUUCCCGGAGAGCCCGCGUCACCUGAUGAUCCAGAAGGGGGACUACGCUGCCACCGUCCAAGCCCUGAGUUGGUACCGGAGUAAGAACAACACGAACAUGCAGGCGGAGAUCGAGGAGAUGCAGGAGGAGCAGCGUUCCCUGUCCUCCAUUAAGGCCAUCAGCGUGUGGCAGCUGAUGGCCGACCGCUCCGUCCGCUGGCAGCUGGUGUCCAUCAUGGUGGUCAACGUUGGCAUGCAGCUGUCCGGGAUCGACGCGAUUUGGUUCUACACCAGCAUCAUAUUCGAGCACUCGGGGAUUCCCCAGCCGUACAUCCAGUACACCACCGUGGGCACAGGGGCUAUCGAGGUCGUGGCAGGGCUGGUCGGGAGCCUCAUCAUUGAGAGGGUGGGGCGGAGGCCGCUACUGAUCGGUGGAUUCAGCUUCAUGGGGCUGUCGAGCGCUGGGAUCACGAUCACGCUACUGUUGCAGGUAACACGCAACACGUUACUGCAGGUAACGCAUGUCCCCUGGAUGCACUAUGUCAGUGUUGCGUGUGUGGUGGGGAUCAUCGCUGGCUUCUGCAUCGGACCAGCGGGUGUUCCCUUCCUCAUGAUGGCAGAGCUCUUCAUGCAGUCCCACCGACCGGCCGCGUACAUUGUUGGAGGUUCCCUCAACUGGCUCUCCAACUUCACCAUUGGUUUUGUCUUCCCGUUUUUACAGAUGUCGGCGGGUGCCUACUGCUAUCUGGUCUUCUGCGGGAUCUGCUGGCUCGUCUCUAUCUACGUGUACGUGGUCAUUCCUGAAACCAAGAACAAGACCUUCAUGGAGAUCAGCCACAUGUUCUCCCCCGAACUCCCCGCCGUGCCUGAGUGGUCUCCCAAUGAGCUGCAGCUGAAGAGGUUCAAUGGAUACGGAACGUUGGAACCUAGUUCUUCACUUGUCGAGAGUUCCAUGUUUUUCUAGCAAGCGGCGUCCACGGGCAGAUUGGACGCACUGUGACAGGUCACAUCUGCUGUUCUGUUUCGUGUCGUUGAGGUGUUAAUUUCAUAAGGUCAUAAGUAAUAGGAGCAGAAUUAGGCCAUGGCUGACCGAUCUCUCCCUCUCAUAGCUCAGUCCGCAUGAACCAACCAGACCUGCUGGUAGCUGGACACUCUAAUUCUCCUUCCCAUUCCUACACAGACCUUACUGCCCUCAGUCUCCUCCAUUGUCAGAGUGAGGCUAA